CUCUCUGAAUACCUUAGUAUUGAUGAAGAAUCGCAAAUCCAUCAGCAGUUCCUUGGAAGCCAUUGGCGACCCAACAGUCAGGUCUUGUGGAGUGGCUUCUCACGUGAAGAAGUUCAACAUUGGGCAGAUGCACAUGACCUGCAAACACUCACUACUGCUAUGGGACCUCUAAUGAACCUAGAUGACCCGCUAUGUCCGAAAGAGAAAAAAUCGAAGCAGAAAUGGAGUAAAUAUAUGAAGGGUGCUUCUGUAAUCUUCGCGUGGUACAUUACAAAAGGAGAAAAGGUCACUGUGUUGUCACCACCGCCCCCAAGGCGAUUUAAUCCAUCUGGGAUGACCACUUAUCAAGCUAUUGAAGAGCCCAUUCUCAGGUGGGCCAUAGCCGGUGGGGCUAUCUUGCGAAUUGAGAUGGUGCAUCCUACCGUGAAGGGGGCAGAGAACUUUGCCUACGAAGUCUGGCCUGUUGAUCAAACUGCUUCCUGGGUUGCAGCCUUU